ACCCUCUUCUUUUCUGCAUCACACUCUUCAAAACUCAAUUGGGUUUCAAUCAAAAUCCAAUCUUUGAGAUCAUAUUUUUGUGGGUUUUGAUUUGAAUUGAUAGAUAGAUAGAUGGUGGUGUUGCAGUUGUUCUUCACAGUGGCCUUCUCUGCAGUGCCUCUCACUCUCUACGUGCCUCCACUCAGAAGCCUAAACCCCUUCGUGGAGACCAUGGAGGAACUCUUCUCCGAAUCAAGAGCUUACACCAAUAGGGUCUACCCACGUGUCCGACAUCUUUGGUUUAGGAUCUUGGAUUGCUUACUUUGCAGCAGAACCACAAGGUGAUUGGAUUGCUCGUUUCACUAUAACUAUUUGUGUGGGGAGUGUGCUUAAUGCUGAGUUAUGGGGUCUUUUUCAUGGCCGCUCUCUUGCUUGGAGAUUGUUAUAGAUAAGUGCUAGUUGAAAUGGACUCUGUUGUGGCUGUUACUUUAGUAAUGGAUUUUAAUUCCUCACUUCACCCUCUUGCUCAUCUCAUUACUACUUGCCGAGAGCUAUUGCGGAGGGAUUGGAUUUGCUCGUUUUCACAUGUUUAUUGUGAGAAGAAUAGAGUGGCUGAUGUUAUGGCAGAACUAGGCCAUGAGUUUGACAUUGGUCUUCAUGUUUUUUAUGAGCCUCUCCUCUUGUGGAUAGGUUGAUCUUUGAGGAUGUAGUUGGGCUUCCGCAGACCGUUUUGUUAAUAGUACGUUUCUGGAAGAUUGUUCUAUA